UUUUGAAAGUAUCAGUAGUUAUCCUGGCUCUAAUAAGAGAACCCAUUUGAGAAUUCAGCCCCGUGGUGGUGUUUGAUGUGAAACAGAUGGGUCUGACUGUAGAGAUUGUAAGGAGUGUCUUCUCUAAGAACCGGUCUGUGAGUGCUCAGGACAACAAUGCAAGGAGCUUUGGAUCAGAUAAGCGUAGAUGGAGUGUCGUUAGAUCGUAUCUGUGCGGAGAUGAAUACAAUUCGGUUCUUGCCGAGGAUGAUUCAGCUUCCAUAAGGAGUUCCGAGGCAACCGUAACACAGCCCAUAACAGGCUCAUUGAAGUAUGAUGAAAAUCAAACUGAAAUCCAAGCUAAAGAUCAUGAAGAACAAAUAAACGAAGAAAAACAGAAUUCACCUACUCACAAAUGCAUCACUCAAGAGGAUGCUGCAAUCACCAUCCAAUCAGCAUUUAGAGGCUAUCUGGCUAGGCGUCAAUAUGGAGAAAUCAAACAGUUGGGUAGAAGUGAUAUCAUCAAAGAAACAGAAACCCGAAGUGAAGAGUCUUUGGGUACAUCAAUUGAAGUUCAAACAGGCGGAUCCACCGAAAAUCAAAUUCAAGAACAAUGCAUGUCCUUAACACACAAAAUGCAGAACAAAGCUCGAACCCAAAUCUCCAGGCUCAAGGAAGAUUGGGACGACAGCACGGUGAGCAGUAACAUAUCAAAAUUGAGAAUCCAGAACAGGCUCGAAGCAACCACCAGGCGUGAGAGAGCUUUGGCCUACGCAUUUUCUCAACAGCUAAGAACUUGCAUGAAGAAGAAACCAACCCGUUCCGACUCCACGGAGCCUAACUUGGGAUGGAGUUGGCUAGAGAGAUGGAUGGCAACCCGCCUGCCUGAAAACUCAUCAGUUGAUGAUCGUCUGAGCAAAUGCCUCGACCCCAUUUCUUGUGAUCGAAGAUCCAUGAUUAUGAAGAAGAUGUUCGAUGUUUCAGGUGAAGAAAAGGAGAGCUGUGCCUCCAAUGACAUUUCAGUCGCGUUUGAUAGUCUUAGCAUAACUGCCAAAAAUUCCGACGAUGGCUAUCGGCCCGUUAAAAACAGGCUGAAGGCUGCAAGAAGUGUGUCGCGACGAAAGACGGUGCCAAGCUACCAAUACUCAGCACAUUCAACCAAGGAAAGUAAGAGAGAAGCUGAAAACGAGAAGAAACACAAGCAAAUGCAGCCGCAAGCCAUAGGAGAGAUCAAAUGCAAAGAUGUUUCUUCCCAAGCACCAUCUGACCAUUGAUCGACGGCUCGAAAUUGGACAUCUGAAUAUGUGGUAGGAGAUGGGGCUCUUCUUGACUAUUAGAAGGUUCCCAAUUCCAUAACUGGUGUAUUAUCCUAGGAUAUCAUUAGUUUAUGCAAUGAGGACCGUUUGAAUUUAUUGGUAAUGCUGUGUAUAUGCAUAUAUUGAUGACAAUGCAAUCAAGGGAAGAAACCCAAUUCAUCUUCUUUUUUUCUUUUUCUUUUUUCUGUACAUAAUUUGAAUUUGUGUUUGUGUAUGAUCUUUUCGACAUUCUUACAUGAUUAUCUUCUCA